AUGGCUCGGGAUCUCAGACGACUUCAAGUUCCAACUGAUUCGGAAAGUUAUCAACAUUUUGUUUUAAAAGAUGUUAAAGACUACGAAUCUACUUUAAGAGAAAUAUUAGAUAAUAAUAAAAUUCGAAAAGAUGGCAGAACAUUCGAGGAUCAAAGAAAAAUUUAUAUGAAAACCGGUGUUGUGACACAAGCAAAAGGAUCCGCAUAUUUAGAAUUAAAUAAUACUAAAGUUCUUGUGUCGGUUUUUGAACCGCGAGAAAUUCCAAGACUUUCAGAAUUUACUCCGAAUGGUGAAAUUUAUUGUGAAUUUAAAUUUGCACCAUUUUACGGUUUGGAACGAAAAGGACACAUUAUGGAUUUGGAAGAAAAAGAUUUAAGUAUUAUCUUAAAAAGAUCUCUUGAACCAGCAGUUUGUAGGCAUGAGUUUCCAAAUUUUCAAGUCGACGUUUAUGCUCUCCUACUCGAUAAUGAUGGCUCUUGCUUAUCUGCUGCUAUCACAGCUGCAGGUUUAGCUUUGGCAGAUGCUGGAAUUCCAAUGUAUGACAUUCUCACUUCAGUCACUCUGGGGAUUCAUAAUGAUAUGAUAUUUAUCGAUCCUAAUUUUGAGGAGGAAAAAUUUUGUAAAUCGUUUUUUAAAAACAAAACUUCCGAAAUAGGUAUAAUAAGUUUAUCAUAUAUGCCUGAAAUGGCUCAGGUAACUGAAAUAACCCAAAGUGGGACUGUAUCGAUAAAUACCAUUUUAAAAUCUAUGGAUCUCCUUAUUUCAAAAUGCAAAACCAUAUCCGAUUUAACAAAAAAAUGUUUGAUGGAUAACGUUAUGAAUCAAAUAACUGACUAG